AUGAACGCUGCUGCCACCCGAAAUGCACCACCGCUGUCUCCAGUCUCAAUAGGCGGUAACGAACCAUCUUGGAAUUCCGGCUACUCACCUCCUCGCGGCGUCGACGAUAACAAGGAUGGUCCGUACCCUAACGCUCGCGGAAACCCUUUCUCACCACCAAUAUCGGGCGGCUCCAUCGGCGCCAUGAACGGCUUUCCUCCGGGCCCGAGGAGCACCGGUGGUCCCUCGCCGCCUCCCUCAGUAGGCCGCUCCAGCCAGGGCACCAACAUCUACGCAAGGAGCGAAAGCGGUCGCAGCGUUCGGGCUCCCGAAGAUAGCGACCUCGUCCUGACAGAGCACUACAAUGUUCUCAAAAGAUUCCUCGGCUCGACGUCUCAGAACGGCCAGCCUCCACCUCCGAACAAGGCCCGCGACAAACUGCAGCGCCUGACCACGGUGCAGUUUCUCGAACUGAGCACCGACGUCUACGACGAGCUCAAUCGCCGUUUCCCACCGCAGAACUCCGAACCUCCCCCCAAAUAUCUUCUUCCCCGAGACAACUUUCACCCAAAACGAAAUCAGGCCCGCCAGAAGCUGUCGUCGCUGCCGGCACCCCGUUUCAGGGACUUGGCCACCGAUGUCUUUUGCGAGCUCGAGCGCAGGAUACCCCGAGUCGCCGGCGGCGACAUUCCAAGAGUCAACAGCCCGGCCUCGAUGCGCAUGUCGAGUCGGUCGCAAACUCCUGUCAAUGGAAUGAACGGAUACCCACCGAGAAAUCCAAGUCGUGCGAGAAGACCAUCGGAGGCCAGUUCAGUACGUAGCACUGCCCUCGCCUCGGCGUACGGGAUCCCCCCGUCCCCUGGGCUGCCACCACCCGGGGCAUAUGACCGACCGAUGGCAAAGCAGUCGCAAAGCAACACAAUUGUGCCGGUCAAGAGCACCAUGGUGGAAGAGGAUGACGACUCGCCGCUUAGUCCAACAAGUCCCGAGAACGGAGAUGCUUAUGGAAUGGAUGGGCAGGCCAGAAGGAUGAAUAACGAACGCAGUAGCGCAACAUCCGAGGCCGACCGAAGACAGCUUGACGAUUACGAAAAGCAGGUCCGCGACCUGCAAGCAAAAGUAGACCUGUUAGAGAACGACCUCAAGAAGAAGGAAGAUGAGCUGGAGGCUGUCCAAGAUAGGGAGAGGGACAAUGCAACACGAACCAAUGUGGACAAGAAAUCUUGGGAUGAUGCACGCUUGGACCUGGAGAAUCAACUGGCAGAUGCGCAGGAUUUAAACGACCGACUGAAGCAAGAGCUAGACAGGAUUAGAGACGACCACGCCGCAGACACACGUCAACUAAGGGAGGAGAUUGAGGGUUUGCGCCAAAACAGUGCCCGCGGUGGUCCCGGCGGCGGUGUUGGCGGAAAUUCAGAGCUACAAAGAGAAAACGAGGAUCUUCGCAGGCUGCUCAGGGAGCAAGAGCAGGUCACGGAGGAGGUGCAGCAGGAAGCUCAGAACCUCCUGCGAGAAAUGCGGACACUAUCUCAGCAGAGUGGUGCUGCGUGGGAAAAGCAGACGGAAAUGGAGCGGACAAUCGAGAAGCUCGAGGCCGAGGCGCAAGAAUGGCGCAGCCGCUACACCAAGGCCAAGACUCAGCUGCGGAAUCUCAAGACGACCUCGAUGGCUUUGACGGUUGACGAUGCAGCCAAAUACAUGCGCGACCGAGGCUUCACGACCGAAAAUGGACUCGUUAAGGAUUUCCAUGUCACAAAGUUUCAGGUUGCCAUCGAUGAUCUGCUGCAACGGGCGCGCAGCGACCAGCCGGAUAAGAUCAUGGAGACUAUGAAGACUGUCGUGGUCGGCGUUCGGCGGAUCAUUAAGGACAUGGAUGACGCUGGCAACGGCAGUGAUGAGCAGCGCAAGCUGAAAGGCCGUAUCGCUAGCACAGCAAAUAAUCUCAUCACCGCUGCAAAGAACUUUGCUGCCUCGGCAGGGAUCUCGCCAGUCAGCCUGAUCGAUGCGGCAGCAUCCCAUCUCGUGGCGGCCAUUGUGGAACUCCUCAAGACGGUCAAGAUUCGGCCCACGCCAGCAGGCGAGCUGGAAGAUGACGAUGACGACGAUAUGAUGACUCCUGGUAACAACAGCGUUGGAUUCUUCUCGCCGCGAUCACAGGCUCCUACGCCUCUGACCACAACCAAGCUCCCCGCAGAAGAGAAUUUACCUCCUCCGCCGCCCUUCCGUGGCUUUGGCAACAGGCUUAGCGCGGACUCUUCUGCCUACAGUCCAGUCAACUCGCCCAGGGAGUCGACCGCAACGGAUAGGUUUGGGGGUGGUGGCCUUGGUAUCAACGGUGGCAACGGCAACGGCAACGGCAACGUCAAUGGUAAUAUGAACGGCAGUUCUGGCAAGGCUCUACCGCCGCCACCAUCCAACGGAUAUGGUCCGAAUGGCUAUGGCGGCAUGGCCCCUCAGCGGGAUAACGCUGCUGAGGAUCUCAAGAUCUUUGUUGAGGACCAGACCGCCUACCUUGUGGCCGAUAUUCAAGAACUCGUCGCUGCCAUCCGAUCCGACGCCGCCAUCAUCACACUUCGGGACGAGAUCUCGCGCAUUGCCGAAUCGGUAGACAAGAUUGUAGAUGAAACCUCACGCAGCAGUGGUGGUCCGAACGCGUUUCCCAACCUCAAAAAUCUUCAAGCAUGCAGGGAACGGCUCCUCGAGGCGGGAGAACGCGGGCAGGAGCUGUCUGAUGGCGGUAUGGGCCCGCCUAGCAGGGAGUGGCGUAUGUGGACGCAGACCCUACCACCGAUCGCCUUUGAGAUCGCCAGAGAGUCCAAGGAGCUGGUGCAAUCUGUUGAUAGAUUGGUCUUGGGUGGUGCUGGUGGUGGUGAUGACUUUUCAUAA